GGUGCUCGCGCUGUCUCUCUGGCUUCACCAGAAAGUCCCGGAAGAGGCUCCAGCGCGCGUGCUGUAUGGGGACAGUGGCAGGUGAGUCUGCGCGAGCUCUUUACCUGUAAACAAAGACAACAACACAUGGAAACGACCCAGAGGAUGCGGUUUCACUGAUACCCGGUUUUAAACUCGACUGCAGAGCAGCCUGCAGAUCAGAGCCUGAUCCAACAUCCAGAUACUCACAGUGUUGUCACACAUGGCGCAGGAGAGCUUACACAUGUAAUAAGUUAACCGACAAACCCAGUGACCAGAAGAGCGGCUCCUCUAUCAUCCUCCAGCAUGGCAAGCCAGGACGCGGUCAACCCUUCACACGCCACCUUUGACCUCUUCAUCCAGGCCCAGACCUGUAAGGAUGUGAAGCAGCACUUUGCCGAGCUAUGCAAGCAGCUGGAGGUCGAUCCGAAAGAUUUCAGGAGUUUCUACGGCAAGUUAAAGGAGAGACUGAACUACUGGAAGGCCAAAGCACUUUGGACCAAGCUUGACAAGAGAGCAGCUCAUGUGGAUUACCAGCAGGGCAAAGCCUGCACCAAAAACAAGUGUCUGGUGUUGGGUGCUGGACCAUGCGGGCUGAGAGCGGCCAUCGAGCUGUCCCUGCUGGGGGCUCAGGUGGUGGUCCUGGAGAAGAGAGAUGCUUUCUCCAGAAACAACGUCCUCCACCUGUGGCCCUACACCAUCUACGACCUCCGCGGGCUCGGAGCCAAGAAGUUCUACGGCAAAUUCUGCACCGGGUCUCUGGAUCACGUCAGCAUCCGUCAGCUGCAGCUCAUUUUGCUGAAAGUGUCACUUCUCCUCGGGGUGGAGGUUCACACCGGAGUGGAGUUCCAGGGCUUGAUUGAGCCCUCCGGAGACAACGGGUGGAUGGCAAAGCUGCAGCCCCGGUCUCAUCCUGCUGCAACCUUCCAGUUUGACGUCUUCAUCUCUGCCGGAGGAGGCAGGUUCGUCCCUGAUGGUUUUAAGCACAAGGAGCUGAGAGGCAAGCUGGCCAUCGGCAUCACGACCAACUUCAUCAACAGAAACACGGCGGCUGAGGCUCAGGUGGCAGAGAUCAGCGGUGUGGCUCGAAUCUAUAACCAGAAGUUCUUCCAGGAGCUGCUCACUCAGACAGGUAUCGAUCUGGAGAAUAUUGUCUACUACAAGGACGACACCCACUACUUUGUCAUGACUGCCAAGAAGAAGAGCUUGCUGAAGAAGGGGGUCAUUAAACAGGACUUCAGUGAUGCAGAGGAGCUGCUGGCUCCUGCUAACGUGGAUCAUGAGGCCUUGUGCCGUUACGCGCACGACGCUGCCCUUUUCUCCACGGGGGGUAAACUGCCUGACCUCGAGUUUGCAAAGAGCCCGUCGGGACAGCCAGACGUGGCAAUGUUCGACUUCACCUGCAUGAACCGAGCCGAGAACGCCUCUCUGGUCAGGGAGAGGAGGGGGAAGAAGCUGCUGAUGGGUCUGGUUGGAGAUUGCCUUGUAGAGCCUUUCUGGCCUCUGGGUACGGGCAUCGCCAGAGGGUUUCUAGCUGCUUUCGACACAGCGUGGAUGGUGAGGAGCUGGGGUAUGGGGGUCCCACAUCUCAAGGUCUUGGCUGAACGAGAGAGUAUCUACCAGGCCCUCUCCCAGACCACGCCAGAAAACACCAGCAAGAACUACGCCGCCUACAGCAUCAACCCCAAAACACGCUACACCAGAGUCAACCUGUCCUCCAUCAGCAGCAACCAGGUGCAGCACCUGUUUGAUGUUGAUAAAUCAAAUCCAUCGAUCAAGAAACAGAAGAGCAACUUCACUCCCAUGCGUCAAGAUUCGGUCAGUGGUUUUGAAGAGUUGUUGAAAUGGUGCCAGAAACACACAGCGGGUUAUAAGAACGUGGAUGUGAAAGAUUUCACCCAGUCCUGGAGGUCUGGACUGGCUCUGUGCGCUCUGAUCCACCACUUCAAACCUCAGCUCAUAGACAUGUCCUCUCUGGAUGAGUCCAACGCCGUACACAACAACCAGCUGGCCUUCAGCGUGUCAGAGACGGAGCUGGGGAUCCCUCCCGUCAUGUCUGCUGCAGAUUUAGCAAACAGCGGACAGAUCGACAAACUCUCCAUGGUCCUCUACCUCACACAGAUCCAGAAGGCCUUCACUGUGCCGGGGAAAGACUCUGCAGUCUUCCUGCCAUCGUCCAAGCCUCUCACCCUCUCCCAGACACAGUCAGCUGUCUUCUUCCUGAACAAGCUGAAGCACAACUCUCUGCAAAGACGCAAGGAGAAGUUGUCAUCUCUGAAACGAGGGAGAGAAAGUGAGAGAAGGAUGGGAGAUGAGGACAGAACGGUGGUGCCUCCUGUGUCCCCUCAGCUCAGUCCCACACCUGAUCCUGAUCCUGCUCCUGAGUUUGAACCGGACUCUGGUUCUAGUGCAUCAAUGACAAACAGUGAGGAGUGUUACUUCUGCGGUCAGAGGGUCUACCUGCUGGAGCGCAUCAGUGCUGAGGGCAAGUUCUUCCACCGGAGCUGCUUCACCUGCCACAAGUGCAGCAUCACGCUCAGACAGGGAGGAUACACCUACGACUUGAGUACAGGGAGGUUUUACUGCGAGCUGCACUCCGAAGAUCUGGAGCUGGGAAACGGGGCAGAGACAUCGUGUGAGGAUGUCAAAGGAAGUCACAAAGAGACGAACGAAGAGAACGGACUCUCCAGUGAUGAAUACACUCUCUCUCCAUCUGAUGAGGAGUUUGAGCACACUCUGGAUUGUGGUCCCUCUUCUUACUCACAUAAAUCUAAAGGAGAGGAUGUACCUGAACCUGCAGCGAAGUCCCAAGAGCCAUCAGAAACUCCUUGGUCUAACACUGAGGAGGAGACAGAGGAACUUAUCCCUGUUCCUGUCCCCAAACCCCGCAUCUCUCGGCAGACCACACCCAGCCCUCAGCCCUCUCCUCCAAUCGCAAAACCUCGCACCAUCCACCUUUUUGACCCCCUGACUCCAGAGAAACACCCAACGCCUACAAAAGACGACUCCAAGUCGGCUCCAGACUCCCGCCCCAAGCAGUCGCUCCGAAAGCUCCAGCUGACAGAGGAGGAGAAGAGCCAGCUGGUGAAUCUCCAGAGCCUCAGCGCUGACUCAGACUCAGAGACCCCCGGUGGAUCCUCCUCCUGCUCCUCAUCUUCUGCUACAGCGGGAGGUCCGAGCCCCCCUAAAGCGGAGGGCCUGGAUGGGCAGGAGGAGGAGGGAUACUGGAGCGGGAGCACGGCAGGGCACAUGCGGGAGAAGAGGAACCGACGCUGCUUCAGGAGGAAAGAGAUGCCGGGAGGGCAGACCAGGGUGAGGUCAAAGUUUUCACCCUGGAAUCUGUCGUCUCCGAGGAUCAGCAGAGACACGCGGCUCAGCGUCCACAUCAAUCAUCCAGGGAGAGUCGAAACAACUUUCAGACACGUUCACAGCGCCUCAGAAGAAGGCGCGGAUGGAGACGAUGACGACGACGAUGACGAUGAGAUGUUCGGCCAUGAUGAUAUUGACUUGUUUAAUGAGAAGUUUCAGGCGGUGCCAGUGGACCCCAUCGAGGCGGAGAAGUUGGAGUUGAUGAAGAUGAGGACGCUGGAGCGGCGAGCUAAGAUGAGUGAAUUACAGCGACUGCGUAAUGCCCAGUCCAUCCAGAGGAGACUGGAGGAGAUAGAGGUGACCUUUAAGGAGCUGGAGGAUAAAGGCGUCGUGCUGGAGCAAACUCUGCGAGGAGAGGACGGCAGCAACGGCUCUCCUGACAUGAUCGAGCACUGGAUCCAGCUCGUCCACGAGAAGAACGCUCUGGUCUCUGAGGAGUCCGACCUCAUGGUGGCGUCUCGACAGCUGGAGCUGGAAGACAAGCAGAGCAUGCUGGAGCUGGAGCUCAGGAAGUACAUGGAGCUGACCGAUAAGACUUCAGAGCAGCAGGAAGAAGAGGAGCGCGUCCUGCAGCAGAUGAUCGAGGUGGUGGACAUGAGGGACUCGUUGGUGUCGUUCCUGGAGGAGAAGAGGCUGAAGGAGAUCAGCGAGGAGCAGGAGGCUUUCUGCAUCAGGGAGGCGAAACGGCACUCCAAGUCAGGAGCUCAGGUUCACUGGUCGUAGGGCUCUUCUCUCUCUCACACACACACACACACCCACAUGGACACACACACACUCUUCAUGUAUAAACUGCUCGGUGGAUUACCUUUCCAUCUACUGUGUACAAGAUCUGCUGCUUUCAGACUCUGAACCCGAAACUUUUGAAAGCCAAAGAUGAAGCGUCGCUGAGGGUGACCCACCAUAAGCGGUCUCUUUUUACCCAACCAGGAUGAAGCAUCCCGGCUUACUAUCACCCACAGUCUGAACCACAAUCCGCCCCCUAGAGGGAGACAUAAGCCUGGAGAUGUGCAGCUUUGAGCUCUGCCUGCUGGGAUUGUGGGGGUCACCGCAACAGACCACAUGUGAGACAGGACUCCCCGGUGUCUGCCGCGCUUUGUAACAACCUUCACACAGCAGAUCAUCAUCAUCAACCCGUCCUGGGAUUUGGCCUGGAAACUUCUGAUUACGCUGGAAAAGCUCAGACUGAGCGGCGUUAAGCCACAGCAGAGGGGAUCCUGCAGGAACAGGCUGUGGAGCGUCAGAGACAGACACAGGAUGGAGGUGUUGAUGAUGUUUUAGGGAAAUACUUUGAUGUUCAUGUUGAUUUUACUUGUUACAUCAAGACAAAGUGCUACUGUACACAAUGACAUACUUAUAUACAUAUCAUAUUCUAUGUUUAGUAUUUGUAUACUGAAUAAUUUAUUGGAAAAACUAUAAAAGAAACCGAGAAGUAGUUAAAUAAUAGAAUAAUUCAAUUCUGUUCUUAGUCUUUAGUUUUAUUUGACAGUUUAUUGAUGAAUUUUCUGGAUUUUGUAGCACUUCUGCUUCGUACCGCCUACUUCCCUGUGAGCAUGUUGGAUCUCAGGAGCGGGGGCGUUCAGUCCUCUGGGAUCAGAUUUUGGGGUUUUCACUGUUGGCCUUCCACAGUCAGCUGCUCUCUAAUUGUUGGUGUAUUAUAUGAACACGGGGGGGGGUUUCAGGAGGGUGAGUCUAAAACCGGCUUAAAGCACCGGUUUUCAUCUGUUCCUAAACGGCAUCUAUCGUUUGCAGGUGUUCCCAUUCAGCCCCAAAUGAAGACAGAGAGCGGUUUGUUGUCGAUUUAAAAAGGAGCCUUAUAUAGUCUUUUAUUGUUCUGCUGCCGUUUUGUGCCACCUGGACGGCACUUCACAGUAUAUCAAAUAAAGAUCACGCACUUUGA